UCUGAAAAAGAAAAGAAUAAAUGCGUUGGUUGGUUUCAACUUUGAAGCUAGCCGUUUUCUUUUUCUCUUACAUAUUCCUUCUCUUCAGAUUCAGAUAUUUGAUGCCCACUUUCUCUCUCCUCCUCCACGCUUAUAUACAUUUCUUUCACUGUACUUUUUAGAGAGAGAAAGAGAAAUAGAGAGAGGGCCAGAGACAGAAAAGCACUCAUCGUCAGACAGAGAAAGAGAGAAAGGGGAGAGGAUUAGAAAAGAAAAAGAAAGUUUUAAUCUCAAAACUAAAAAAUAUGGGUUCUUCUUCAGGACAGAGCAAUAGCUACGAUCUGUCGUUCAAGAUCUUGUUGAUCGGAGACUCAGGUGUCGGCAAAAGCAGUCUUCUUGUCAGCUUCAUCUCUGCCUCUACCGACGAUCUCGCUCCCACCAUUGGAGUGGAUUUUAAGAUCAAGCUGCUAACAGUAGGUGGAAAGAAAUUGAAGCUCACUAUUUGGGAUACUGCUGGACAGGAGAGAUUCAGAACAUUAACAAGCUCUUAUUACAGAGGUGCUCAAGGGAUCAUUCUAGUUUAUGAUGUGACUCGGCGAGAAACAUUCACAAACUUAUCAGAUGUAUGGGCUAAAGAAGUCGAGCUCUACAUGACUAAUAAGGACUGUGUCAGGAUGCUUGUUGGCAACAAAGUUGAUAGAGAAUCUGAAAGGGCUGUAAGUAGAGAAGAGGGAAUGGCUCUGGCCAAAGAGCUUGGAUCUUUGUUUCUUGAGUGUAGUGCCAAAACCAGAGAGAAUGUUGAGCAAUGCUUUGAAGAGCUUGCAUUAAAGAUAAUGGAGGUCCCAAGUCUGUUGGAAGAAGGUUCAAAUGCAGUAAAGAGAAACAUUAUUAAGCAGAAACCGGAUCAUCAAGCACCUCCUGGUGGGGCUUGUUGCUUGUAAAAUGUUGUAGUGUGUGGACUUCAACAUCAAAGAUUGACUCACACCAUAAACAGAUCAUGUAUAUGUAUUUUUUUCUUCUAAUUUUUCAUCUUUUUUUUUUCAUUGCUUCUGCUGUUUUAUUAAGUUGCUUAAUUAGCUGUACCAUCAUUAUGGGAAAUUGGGUACUCAUAACAACAUCUAUUAGCUUGUGUAAAUGUGGUUGCUUUUUUUUUUUCUUUUUCCACCUAGUGUUGUGAACACAUA